AUGGGUCUCCCAGCGCCCCGCCCCACCGCCGCUCACUGUGCGGCACCUCUCCUUGCAGUGCUCUGCUUUGCCCUGACCCGCUCGCUGCUGCUGACGUGCCUGGUGCCGGCCGGGCUGCUGGGCCUGCGCUAUUACUACAGCCGGAAGGUGGUCCUUGCCUACCUGGACUGUGCGCUGCACACGGACAUGGCUGACAUCGAACAGUACUACAUGAAGCCCCCUGGCUCCUGCUUCUGGGUGGCUGUGCUGGACGGCAAUGUGGUGGGCAUCGUGGCGGCGCGGGCCCAUGAGGCGGACAACACGGUGGAGCUGCUGCGCAUGUCCGUGGACUCGCGCUUCCGCGGCAAGGGCAUCGCCAAGGCGCUGGGCCGCAAGGUGCUGGAGUUCGCUCUGGUGCACAAUUACUCUGCGGUGGUGUUGGGCACAACGGCAGUCAAGGUGGCCGCCCACAAGCUCUACGAGUCUCUGGGCUUCAGACAUAUGGGUUCGAGUGACCACUACGUGCUGCCCGGCAUGACCCUCUCACUGGCCGAGCGCCUCUUCUUCCAGGUCCGCUACCACCGCUACCGCCUGCAGCUGCGUGAGGAGUGACCGCUGCCCGCCUGCCCGCCUGCUGCCCCGGCUGCCCCAUCCGCCUGCGCCCGCCUGCCCGCCACCCGGGCCCGCUUUCAGACACUCACCUUGGUGUUUGUGUUGGGUUUUUCUUUUUUUCAACAUCACGUGGUUCUUUGGCUGGUUCUUGGGGAGUGUGGAGCUAUUGCUCAUCUGUGACUCUUCGGGGGGGGUCAGUUGUUUGCAGCCACGGUCCCUCGCCCUCCAUAGCCUGCUGGGGCCAUGCCCUGAAGAGUGACAGCAUGGACCACCAUGUGCCCACACAGCUGCCUGGCCCGGCUCGAGGGGUCUCUUCCGGCCCACCACCACUGGGGCAGGCCCAGUCUUGCCCACCAAGCACAGAACCUCUGCAACGAGGCCCUUGCCUAGCAGGCCCCUGGCCACCAGCCAGGCUGUGGCUCAGCCAUUGGUCCCCAGGAGGCGUGGCCUAUUGGGCUGGCCGGCCACUGCCCUGUGGGGUGCCGAGCUGGCCGCGGGCCCCGCUUUGCUCUGUGCAUGCUGAGGAUGUGGCCUGGCUGCAGCAUGCCGCAUGCCCACAGCCUCCCGCCCUGCUGCCCUGUCCAGACUGGGCCCAGACUGGUGAACGACCCUGGCCCCAGCCCUGAGCCAGCCUCGGGUGACCCACCUGCUCUCUGGAGGGCUAGGCUGUCCAUGCCACCCCUGGCUUCACCCAGUUCAGCUUUCCUUUGACAUCAUGUUUCCUUUUUUUCCUCUUGGGCCCACUCCUGCCUGCCCGGGCUUUGCUGAUUGGCGUCAUCACCCAGGUGUGGUUCCCAUAGCAACCUGUUGCACAGCCGUGUCAGGCCCUUCAGGAGAGUAGGGUGGGGAGGCACUUGUGGGGUCGCCUCUCCCCCAGUGCCAGCUAGAUCAUGGUGGCCUCUCCCAGAC